UUGUGGACUUAUUCCAUGGAAAAAAUAAACAAUGUCAGUGAGUUCAUUUUCUGGGGACUUUCUCAGGACCCAGAGGUUGAAGAAAUUUGUUUUGUGCUGUUUUCUUUCUUCUACACCAUCAUUCUACUGGGAAACCUCCUCAUCAUGAUGACAGUUUGCCUGGGCCGCCUGCUCAAGUUUCCUAUGUAUUUCUUUCUCAACUACUUGUCUUUUGUGGAUAUUUGUUACUCUUCAGCUAUUGUUCCCAAGAUGAUUGCUGACUUGUUAGCAGAGAAAAAAGCUAUCUCCUAUGCGGGAUGUAUGCUGCAACUCUUUGUGGUGCAUUUCUUUGGGUGCACUGAGAUCUUCAUUCUUACUGUGAUGGCCUAUGACCGUUAUGUGGCUAUCUGUAAACCACUGCACUACAUGACCAUCAUGGACCGGGAGAGAUGCAAUAAAAUGCUGCUGGGGACAUGGGUGGGUGGGUUUGUACACUCCAUUAUUCAAGUGGCUCUGGUAGUGCAAUUACCCUUUUGUGGACCCAAUGAGAUUGACCACUACUUUUGUGAUGUCCACCCUGUGUUGAAGCUUGCCUGCACAGAUACCUACACUGUUGGUGUUGUUGUGACAGCUAACAGUGGCACUAUUACUCUGGGAAGCUUUGUUAUCUUGCUAAUCUCCUAUACUGUCAUCCUGGUGUCCCUGAGAAAGCAGUCAGCAGAGGGCAGGCGCAAGGCUCUCUCUACCUGUGGCUCCCACAUUGCUGUGGUCAUCAUCUUCUUUGGUCCCUGCACUUUUAUGUAUAUGCGGCCUGACACAACCUUCUCAGAGGAUAAGAUGGUGGCUAUAUUUUACACCAUUAUCACCCCCAUGUUAAAUCCUCUGAUUUAUACUCUGAGAAAUGCAGAAGUAAAGAGUGCAAUGAAGAAAUUGUGGAGAAGAAGGAUUUUCUUGGAGGCUAACAGCAAAUAG